CAGCCGUUCGCUUUGAAUAGUGGCGGGUUUUCCCGUAGUUUUCUCUGCGUAUCGUAAUAUUCUGCUAUCACAGGGCUUCUUAAUUGCACAGCAAAGUCCAGGUGUUCAAACCAAGGAAGCUUUGAUUGCUGUUAGUGACUACAGCUGCGCACAUCCUGAAUUAGGCGGUGCCACCGUAAAGGUGCGGCGCAGUAGCUUUCGUUUAGAUGCUGCGUAACGUCACGUUCCGUGCUGCCAGAAAACAGAUACAGGUCUGCUCGAAAUGUCCCGUAUCCAGUCAGCCCUCUGUGAAGGACAGAAAAGAUUGCAGGUUACUCGUUGUAGGAGGAGGGUCCGGUGGCCUUGCUACGGCGUCCUGUUUUUCCUCCAAACUGGGCAAGGGAAAAGUGAUUGUGGUUGAGCCCAGGGAUAUGCAUUUCUAUCAGCCCAUGUGGACUUUGGUAGGUGGAGGGUUGAAACCUCUGCAGGCUUCUGUACGACCAAUGAAACGUGUGAUGCCACGAAAAGCACAGUGGGUAAAAGACCAAGUUGAGUUGUUCUGCCCAGAAGAAAACUUUGUUAUUACAAAAGGAGGAGUACAGAUAAGGUAUGACUUUCUUGUUGUGGCAAUGGGAAUCCAAGUACGUUUUGAUAUGAUUAAAGGACUAGAAGAUGCCCUGCAAACACCUUAUGUUGGGUCAAACUACUCUUAUGAGACUGUGACAAAAACGUUGAAUGCAAUGCAAAACCUAAAAGGAGGAAAUGCAAUUUUUACAUUCCCAACAACACCAGUGAAAUGCCCAGGUGCAGCACAGAAGAUUAUGUAUCUCACAGAUGCUUAUUUACGGAAGGAAAAGCGGCGUGAAGGAACUGACCUCAUAUUCAACACAUCUCUGGGAACACUAUUUGGAGUGAAGAAGUACGCGGAUGCUUUGUGGAAAGUCGUGGAGAGGAAGGGAAUUAAAGUGAACCUGAGGCAGGAGUUGGUAGAAGUGAAAGGAAAGUCAAAGGAAGCCGUCUUUCAGUUGUUGGACAGCAAAGCAAGCCCCAAGGAAACUGUGACCUACAAGUAUGAGAUGCUGCAUGUUACCCCUCCCAUGGUUGCACCACCGUCAUUGAAGUCAGCACCAUCCUUGAGUGACGCUGCAGGAUUCUUGAAUGUGGAUGCCGACACACUGCAGCACAAGACAUUUCCCAACGUUUUUGGCAUUGGAGACUGCAUAAAUGUUCCUACAGCCAAAACUGCAGCAGCUGUUGCUGCAGAAUAUGGUGUCUUACGCAAGAACCUAGCGAGUGUAAUGAAUGGGAAAAAAGCAGACAGAAAGUAUGAUGGCUACACAUCUUGUCCGUUGGUAACGGGUGAAAACCGCUGCAUCCUGGCCGAGUUUGACUACAGUAUGAAUGCCCUGGAGACAUUCCCUCUGAACCAAGCGGUGGAGAGGAGAACCAUGUACCAUCUCAAGAAAGAUAUUAUGCCACAACUUUACUGGCACUUCCUACUCAGAGGACACUGGGGAGGUCCUCGCCACAUCAGGAAACUUUUGCAUCUUGGCCUUAGUAAAUGAAAAACUGGAGGCCUCAGGAUUGUAUCACACUAAAAAAGAUGAUGAUCAAUUUAUGAGUCAGUAAUAUAUAUUUUCAUCAGCACAUGAACAAAUGUUUUCAUGUAAGAUGUCUUUCAUACUUAAUAAAACUACAUGGAGUGGUGAGUGGUGCCUGGCAGUAUCGUGUGACGUGCUGGCUUUGGUCCCCUUUCCACUACUUCUUUCGACGGCA